AUGAGCGGGAGGAACAGGAACGGCCCUAAGCUCGAGCUGAAGCUGAACCUUUCGCCACCUUCUUCUCAAGCUAAUCAGAUGAUGAGUCUGGUUCGAUCUCCAAGCCGGUCCAACACAACUUCACCUAGCUCAUGCGUUUCCUCUGAAACGAACCAGGAGGAGAUGGAGGCAGCAACCUCAAUGGUUCUUGUCGGCUGCCCUCGUUGCCUUAUGUACGUUAUGCUCUCUCAAGAUGAACCAAAAUGCCCAAAAUGCAAAAGCACCGUCCUACUCGACUUCCUCCAUCAAAACGCCUCCGCAGCUACAACCGCUCCCACCAAACGUAAUAAGACCUGGUGGAAAUGA